AUGGAGGAGUCAAGGAAGCCCCUUCGAUAUGUGGAUAUCGGCAUCAACCUGAGCGAUCCCAUGUUCCGUGGUCAUUAUCACGGUAAGAAAGCCCACGAUGAUGACUUGGACGAUGUCGUUCAGCGAGCAAAGGAUGUCGGAUGCGCCAAAUUCAUGGUCACUGGUUCAGAUUUGGUCGAGUCCCAAGCGGCUGUGCAAAUAGCUCGUGAUUACCCUGGGUUCUGCUACGCAACCGUGGGUGUACACCCUUGUCAGGCAAAGCUCUUCGAUGAGUACCCCGGAGGUCCGUCCAAAAUGCUCGAGGAGUUGCGACAAUUGGCCAUCGAGUCCAAGGAAGCUGGGUUCACCGUCGCGUUUGGUGAGAUUGGCCUUGACUAUGAUCGACUGUUCCUGAGCAAAAAGGAGCCGCAGCUCAAGUACUUUGAAGCCCAAUUGGAUCUCGCCAUCGAGGUUGGACUUCCCUUGUUCCUGCACUCUCGCGCUGCAAGCGAAGACUUUGAGAGACUGCUGAGUUCAAGACUCGAUCGACUACCGAAGGGGGGUCUCGUGCACAGCUUCACCGGCACAAUGGAAGAAAUGCAGCGGCUGGUGGCAUUGGGUCUCGAUAUCGGCGUCAACGGCUGCAGCAUGAAGACAGAGGAGAAUCUGGAGGUGGUCAAGGCCAUUCCACUGGAGAGAUUACAGAUCGAGACCGAUGGACCUUGGUGUGAGAUUCGGCCUUCCCAUGCCUCGGCCAAACAUCUGGACGGAGUUCCAGACCUACCCAAAUCAGUGAAAAAGGAGAAGUGGCAGAAAGGAUUAAUGGUCAAGGGAAGGAAUGAGCCCGUUGCUAUUGCCCGUGUCGCGCACGUCAUCGCAUCAGUGAAGGGAAUUACCGUAGAAGAAGUCUGCGAGGCGGCAUGGAACAACUCGAUCAAAAUGUUCGGGCUUGGUGUGGACACCGACUAG